AUGAAGGGUGUAGCAUGCAAGCUGCGACUACGGUUUAAAUUCGCAACUCGACAACCACCACGGCUGCUCCUCUCCUCUCAUACAGGGCCACGCCUCCUUGAUGACAAUGAAGUUGAACUUGGAGAACUUCUGCUGUCCUUGAACUACCUUCCCAGCGCUGGAAGACUGAACGUAGACAUCAUUAGAGCAAAACAGCUGCUUCAGACGGACAUGAGCCAAGGAUCAGAUCCCUUUGUGAAAAUCCAGCUUGUCCAUGGAUUGAAGUUGGCAAAAACAAAGAAGACCUCUUUCAUCAAAGGUACCAUAGACCCCUUCUACAACGAGUCCUUCAGUUUCCGGGUGCAGCAGGAAGAACUCGGAAACGCCAGCUUAGUGUUCACAGGUAUGUGGGCCAGGCCGCGUCAGUCGUGUCUUUUAAAUAUGUGUUUCGGUUUCAAAUACAGAAAACCAGGAUUAUGUUGUGUCCGAUCAGACAUGCCUCUGAAGAUGUCAGUUGUAGAUGUGGGCAAAAAGUUAGGCACAAAAGACCACCACCACACAGCCUGGAAAACCCACCACAGCCAGUUGAUUUCAGCCAUGAAAGCUUUUACAGUAUGGUGUCCCUGGAAGCUCAAAAAUGUAAUAGAUAUUGCUGGACACAGAUGUAUUUUCUAUGAAUAA